AUGGAGGCUAUUCAGCAGGAUAUGGAGCCGUUUUGGACAGAAAUGAAUGCUUUGCGGUCAGUGAUCAGCACAACGGACGUAGAUCCAGCUUGUAGAGGAGCCUGUAAGAAGGCACUUGAAGCCAACGCCUGCGGCCUAAUUCAAGCAGAGCUAGCACGCAUGUCGAAAAACCGUGAAGAAUUGCAGUCUGUUGAAGCUUUGUACCAACGACAGAAGGAGCUGCAGUCAAUGCAGAAGAAAGAGCUAAAGAAACAGAAGAACAAUUUGGGCAAAAAGUGCAGGAAAAUGAAGAGCUAG